CAGCGCUGAGCUCGGCUCUGUAACUGAACGUGCGUCUCAGCGGCUCCAUGGUUCCGCUCACUGCUGACUCCAACCCUCUGAGAACCACACGAGCUCCGCUCAGAUAAGUGAGACUCGGUUCCGUUCUCCCCGACAGGAGGACCGGGGGACCAUGGAGUGCGCCGUGGACGCGCAGAGCCUCAUCUCCAUUUCGUUGAUGAAGAUCCACAACUCCAGAACCCAAAGAGGGGGCAUCAAGCUGCACAAGAACCUGCUGGUCUCCUACGUGCUGAGGAACGCGCGGCAGGUCUACAUCAAGGAGAAGUACGCGGAGAUCUACCGGAUGCAGCAGUACGAGGAGGUCAUGACGGUCUGCAACGAGAUCCAGGAGCUGAAUCCUCUGGACCCGGAGCCGGAGGACGCGGAGGAGGAGGAUCUAGAGGUGGCGGCGCUCUCGUGCUGCGCUCCGCUCCAGGACGGCGGCGGGAAGGAACCGGAGACUUCGUUCUACCGGAGCUGCUGCAUGGAGACUCCGGGGUCUCCCUGCGACCCGUUCGCCGGUAACGGCAGCCACUGCAACAAAACCACCGUGCUGGACCUGGACACGCAUGUGGUGACCACGGUGGAGAACCGGUACCUGCACCAGGACUGCUGCUGCUCCGCGCCGCAGUGCGCACCGGUGCCGGACUCUCCGGUCCGGAAACGGAAGGGGGACUUCGGGUGUUGCGCGUCCGACUUGGAGGAGGUCUCGGACUUUACUGCGUCCAGAAAGCGAGUGAGACGGGAGGAGUGUACCGAUCCAAACUACACGGACACGUCCAACAUCUCGAACCUGAUUUCCAUCUUCGGUUCGGGGUUUUCGGGUCUGCUGAGCCGCCAGGCGGACCUGGAGCAGAUCUGUAGCAAGCAGGCGCUGGCCAGUCUUGGAGCCUGGACCCGGGCCAUCGUGGCGUUCUGAGUCAAAAACUAUCUGACGUGGACCGGACCGGGCCGGGCUCGGUUCGGGACCAUCAGUUUAUAGACCUCACAGAUCAUGAUUUGCACAUUCCGACAGACCAGGACCCGACGGGACCCGGAUGAGAACGUGGCAAGAGUUUCUGGGAACCCAGAUUCAGCGUCCUGGUCAGCACGCGGGACAGAAUUAUACCUCAGAACACACCUGUGUCUUAAGAUGAGCAAUUUGGGAGAUUCUGUCGCUCAGAUCUGAUUGGAUAAACCGAGCCCCGCCCCCUGGUGUACCUUUACAGGGGAACCAGAACCGGACCUGGAUGGGCUUCCUGCCUUAAACCUGAUGCUCACUGCUGCUAGCCGGACUCAGAGACUGAAUGUGUCCCAAACCC